AUGGCCGUGAAGCUCAACUUCUUGCUGCUUCCUUCAUUUCUUCGGCUGAGGAUCAGCUUGCUUGAAGCACUAACUGCCCAGUUAUCAAAUAACAGCCAAAGCAAAACAGUCCUGUGGUCUCCUCCAUGUCUUUUUGUUUUAAAAUACCAGUUGGUAAGAUAAGGAGAGGGAACAUUUUCUGAUGUUCUGGAGAAACUGAGUUUUAGGGAGGGAAAGUGCUAUGCAAGUAAACACAUGAAGCAACGUUUUAAAAGUGUAGGACAAGUGAAUAAUCUGAGAUCAAUACAAGCACUGAGGAGGCUGAGUCCAUAUCCUACUAUCUUUAUGUUUACAUAUCUCCUUAUUUGUUUCUGCAGUGAUGAAAACCCUGGCUCCCUUUCACUGGUGUGUGAAUUUAUGUCCAUGAAUAUUUAUGAGCUAAUGAAAGGAAGGAGAAAGUCAUUGCCUGGAAAAAAAAUCGAGAACAACAUGUACCAGGUAUGCAAAUCUCUAGAUUGAGUACAUAGAAAUGGAAUAUUUCAGAGGGAUGGGCAACAAGAAAACAUAAUAAUAAAGCAGAACACCCUAAAGUUAAGAGACUUUAGAUCUUGUAGGAGUAUCUAUUCUUAGCAGGCAGACAGUACCUCCCCACGCUGGUACUGAGCACCUGAAUGUUUGCUUACAAAUGGGCUCUAUAGUUACAAAAUUGGCAUGUGGAGUCCUGGCUGUGUUUUCUAUGAAAUCACAAGGUACUGUGUUCAGUGGAGGGUUUUGCUUAUCAUUAAUCAAGAUAAUCAAAGGGUUCUGAUGAAGGAAGAGUUCAGGAAAACACGAAUAAAGGAAAAAAAUUUUGUGCACAAAUUGCCUUUCAAAGAUUUCUAUUUCCUGUGUGCAGUGAUAAAAUAUGACUCCAAUGAGAGAACUGCUACCCAUCAAACCGUACAGCACCCUUAUUUUCAAGAACUCUAUGAUGCUUGUCUCUAUUCUUCUUUUUGUCCCAGCCUUUUUAAGACAGCCAACACACGAGCUUUAACUGUGCACAAAAAAUUAAGACUAGUAGAAAAUAUGUCAGGGCAAGUACUUCAGUAUUUGUGGCAAAUUUCAAAGGCAAGUCCAAGACAGAUAGUAUUUAAGUGGAAGAAUUGUCAUCCCAUUGAGAGAAAGGAAAGUCCAGGAAAGAAAACAAAUCAACAUGAGCAUCUUCUGGGAGAAUUACCAAAAUUAAAUUUUUCUGGAGUAGCCAAAUUGAUUUCCUGUCCUACUUGUACAUUGCAUUCCAUUUACUCUCACUUGCCCACUGAAGCACAUUUGAAACUUCUGUUGUUUCUUCAACAGUCUGAGAAACAGAAGGCACUUCAGUCUUCCCUGAAACGUUUCCAUUUGCCUGCUAUAGAAGGAACAGAAGUGAGGAAAAGCCUGGCUAUGCAGUGAGAGACCCAGGCAUACUUCUGUUGUUAGAGAUCUAACAAGAACAGCAGUGCCUGAUUUUGCCUUGCUUUGACAAUUUGUAGGAAAACCCCACAAGGUUUGAGGGCUGCUUUCCUACCAUUUUGAUAUUCUUUUCCUGAAAGGGGUCAAUAUUUAAUUAAAGCAUUGUUCUGGCAGAGCACAGAGAGUGUUCUGCAUUGAACUUCCUAAGUUUUGACUUAUUCCUUUUAGAACCUGGUGGAGGAGGAGGUUGGUUAAAAAUAGCAUGAAAGGAUUCUUAGAGCUCAAGUAUUAGGAAUGGAAUGUUAUCUACAGAAUUUAAGUUUUCAAAUUGUAUUACAAAUGACAGUCAAUUGCUGUAUUUUUUUUUUUAUAUUUAAGGGUUUCGGUUUUUGCGUUUUUUUUCGGUUUGCUCUGGAAAUUAUUUCCCUCCUGUAUUCAGUAACUUCUGCCUCAGGUUUUACUGAGAAUGUUUAAAUUGUGCAAUCAUAUGAGAUACUUGAUUUUUGAUGCAGUUUCUCUAACUGCAGAAUAUUUUUAUGUAACUAUAAUCUAACUCAAAGAUAAAUCAACUUUUUAGCUGAUUCAAAAGCAAGUAAAACUUAGUCAUAGUUUGCUUCAGGCAAUUGAUCUUAACAUUAAUCUAAAGUCAUAACAGGGACGGAUAUUGCAGCCAUUUCCUUAAAAGAGCAGUAAAAGCAUGUAGCUGAUCAUGCUUCAGAAAUCUGGCACACAGAUCACCAGAAACAAUUUAACAGAGUAUUUCCUACUGCUAAAUAAAGUAAAAGGGAACAUCCUUAUCUUACUAGGAAAGAAUUUUUAUUCCAAACUGAUACCAUUGAUUUUAAAAUUCCUGAGAUCCAAAAAUUUGCAUUAAUUAAUUUGCAAUACUUAAGUUUGGUGAUGUGUUAUAGAACAGUUUUGUUAUUUAGAAAACAAAAGUUUGUGCAAGUCAUACUUCGCUGAGGGUUAAAAAUAUGUUGCCUACCAAGUGUGCAUGCAAGACAGGUUUGGCAAAUAACUUUUUUGGAGGUUUUAAUAGUUACAAAAGUUACUCUGCUCGUAAUUAGGAAGUGAUCAUCAUUUUUUUCAUAACCAAACACUAGGCUCUGGUGCUGCUGUUCAAAAAUCCAGCCAUGAGCAGGAGGCAAAGGGCAUUUUGUGUGAGAGGUACUGCUGUGGGGAGGCACCAUGGAAAAUGGGGCACUGGGGAGGAGUACGUCACAUCCGAGUCACUUAGCCAACCCUUAAGCAUCAAUUUGAGAUUUUUGCUCUAGAUCCAGACUUAACUUUAUUCUAAAAAAUUAAUAUACACAGUGCAGUAAAGCACAGGUUAACAUAAAGAUCCUAUAUGAGUAAAAAUUAUGCCUGUUAUGUUCUCAGCUCUUCUUCUGAGAUUCCACAGGGCUAUGCAUUUGUGAAAAUAAUUGCUCUUCUCACUCACUCUGAGGUGUUCCAGUAAGCGGGCUUUUUGCUGUGAUUUGUUGAUUGGUUGAUUGUUUUUGUAAGAAGAGGCAUCUCAACACUUGCAGGAUUCUGUUGUAACUAGAUUAGAUACUAAUCCUUAUUCAGGUCAACUUUGGACAUUUUGGACAACUUUGAGCAUGCCCCAAUUCCACAUUGUAGCUUUUCCAUGUGGAGAACUCAUGAGACUGAAGUUCUUUAUGAAUCCUUUUGACAUCUACUGCUUAAAAGUACUUGUCUAACUUAUGUUUGUCUUCAUUUUUAGAAGAUGGUAUUACUAUCACAUACUGUACUGAGGAUCAACGUGACAUUUGUAAGGAGAUUGUUGAAAAUGUGAAAAUAUUCACAGGGUAAAUGUGGUGCAGACUGUGGGAGUAUUUGAUAUUGAUUCAAAUUUGACUAUCCAAGUUAAAUAUCGUCCACCUCAUCAUGUACCAUUGCUCAAUUUAUGUCAUUUCUUCAUAGCAAAUUUUCAGAAUCUCAAUAACAAGAAUGGAAAAACAUCCCAGCUCUGGAAAGAAUUUUUAUAGAAUAAGACUAAAGCAUUUGAACAAGGCUCUGCAGGGAAACCUCUACUGCUGCUACUUGCACUAGAUGUGCCAAAGGAAGGGCAGAUUUCUCAUACUAAGACUGAACAAAUACAUGAACCAAGUUUUAGUGGAAGUGCUUUACACAGUAGAGUGAGAACACUGUAACAAAGGGAAACAGCAGAAUACAAUGGUACAGCUAACUGCUCCUUGUCAUUUUACUUGAAACUCCUACUGCAUGGAUGCUGCUUUUUCUAGUUCCAAGCAAAAACUGUUCUGAACACAGUAUCUCAGAGUGCACUGAAGGUAUGUAAAACCAGUGACUGGCUAAGUUUUCCUGUUCUAUUACAUUUCACUGAAUCAUCUCCCCAUGUCUGUAUGCUUUCAUGUUAGCAGCUUAUACUGAUAGAACAAAGAACUUCAGCAAUAAGGCAAUACAGUAUUUGUCUGAAUACCUACCAUAGGGGUUUUUUAUAGACAGAUAGAUGGAUAUGUGAAAGGUACGAUGCCACGCUUAGAAAAUGAAAUUAAGGACGGCAGGUGUAUAGGCAGGCAACACAGUGCAACAGUAACCUCCAAGUUCUUACCUUUGGAACACUGAGCAAAAGGUGCAAUGAGCUUAUCCAGUGCUUUUUCCAGAGGAAGACGAUGAGUUGCUUAGUGCCGAUGUAUUUGGAGUUGAGCAUAAUGAGUAGCAUUAAAAUUGAUGGUCUAAAAAUAGGUAACUAACUGGAUCCAAAGGAGCUUACUAUCCACUGUUGUUAAUAUUUUACCAAAAAAGAGGACAAAUCCUACUACCCACAUUUGAUGGAUUGUUCUGACUCAGAUCUCUCUUACCUAGCACUAUACAGGAGGUGAAAGCUCAGAUUAUCAAAACUAUAUUCCUGAUGGAGAUAUAGUAAUUGUAUUGGUUGCUUCCCAUAAUCUGUUUCUGUAAGCCUCAAACAACAGAUGCUGAAGUUUAAGUAUUUUGACUAAAUAAAAAAGUCCAUCAAACUGUUGGCACAAGAUACCUUUCUGAUUUUAAAAGUGUUACUGCCACUGUUUGCUUCCCUAAUUAAUAUAUCAGGUAAGUGAUAAUUCAUACACCAGGAAAAAGACGAAGUCAGAAUUUUCAUAAGUUUUAACCUGCAGAGAAAAGGCUACCAGAAUAACAUUUUGUGUAUUAUCACAUUCUCUGUAUCUGGGACUAUAAGACUGUUAUAAUGGGAAUGGCAAUUUCAUGUUCAACAGAUCAUUUUUGCUAUAAAAUUGCAAAUCUGAAGUGAAGACUCACAUUGGAAUUUUUUUUUUUUUUUUUUUUUUUUUACGCUUUCAGGUGGAACUUACUCAGUUUGGCAAAUACAGUCCUUCAAGGAUAUUUAUUUCCUAAACAAGUUCUUUGCUGUUAAACUUCUGGAGACAACUUACACUUCUCUGGCUGUUGGAUGAAUAGGCAAACUUGAGUUUUCCCCACCUGCUUUAUAGUUAAAAUACACCCAGCUUUAAACUAUGAA